AAAAUGGAUGAUCAUCCAACCAGGAAUUCCAAAUCGGGCCUCUUUCCAGAGCUCCGACUUUCCGAACUGUAGAUCACCGACGUCGUGAUUUUACCUCGUCUUUUCCGAAUUCCCAGUUGUCUUGAACGCUGUAUUUCGGCAAGGCGGAUUCUCAGCAACUGUAUUUACGUCAGAUGCCCUAAUUUAUUAUAUUGCACUGAUCUGAAGAGGUGUGUUCUGUUUACAGAUCUACUGGAGGGAUGGAGACCCAUAAUUUGUCCUGUGCCAUUUGCUUGGACCGCUUCAAAGUCCCAGUCACCAUCCCAUGCGGUCACACCUUCUGUCAAGACUGCAUCACGACUCACUGGGACACCAAGUCCAAGUCCGACAUCGGGCCGCAUUGCCCUAUCUGCAAUGAGAAAUUCCCCACUAGACCCAUCCUAAAACGCAACGUGUCCCUGUCCGUCCUGGCUGAGGCCACAGCGAACAGUGCCGGUGCAUUCGGUAGAGACACUGUACCGGUUAUGAGGGGUGACAUGGCCAGAGCCACGCCCCUGAUUCUGUGUGACCGACACAAGAAGCCCCUGGUGUACUACUGCCGGAAGGACAACAUGUGUGUGUGCUGCGAGUGUGCCAUCUCCGAGUGUAAGAACCACGAGAAAGUGCUGGUGGAGGCUGAGAAGGAGAACCGAGAGUUACUACUGAGGAGGAAGAGUGUGGAGGUGGGAAUAUGUAUGGAGAAGACUGAGAGGUGCAUCGCUGAGCUGACAGAGAACAUCACCAAAGCCAAGGUGACCCUACAGCAGACCUCCCACUGGGUGAAUGCCAAGUUCUCCAUGCUGUUGAAGGUGCUAGCAGAGAAACAGGAGUCUACCGAGAACUUCAUUGAGCAGGAGAAGGAGGCUUCCCUCUCCCAGGGGGAGGCUAGGUUGGAGGAGCUACAGGAGAGGGCCAAGCAACUCGGGGAGCGCCAGAGCCAGAUCGCAACUCUUCGCAACCUGCCCGACAUCCAGCUAAUACAGGAGUCUCGGCUGGUGGAGGUCCCUCGCAUGAAGGACAUUCCAGUGGAUGUGACCCCUAACCUGCAGGAGAGGCUCAGCGGGGUGACAGACGUCCUCUCACGGAUCUCCAAGCUUGUGUCUGAGGACCUGGAGAAGGCUGUGUCUACAGCUGUGGGGCAGGACAAGCAAGGUUCUCCCCAGGAUAAGCGCCCUGUCCUGGCUGUGGUCCCCAGUCCUGCUGCUCCAUGCCACCCCGCUGGGAAGGAGGGCCUCAGUGAAUACCGCUGCACCCUGACAUUUGACCCUCGCACAGCCAACAGUCACCUGCUCCUCUGCCAGGAGAACCUACGGGCGGAACACCUGACCUCUGGGCCGCGCCCUGUCCCAGCCCACGAAGCUCGCUUUGACCACACCUGGCAGGUGCUCUGCUUCCAGGGCUUCAAACACGGAAAGCACUACUGGGAGCUGGAGUUGUCCAAGCCAUGGGCCUACCUGGGGGUGACUUACGAGGGCAUCCCCAGGAAGGAAAAGGGGAAAAGGUGCAUGGUGGGAAUGAACGAUCUGUCCUGGAGCCUCCAGCUGGAUGAGCGCCAGCUGAGUGCCUGGCACAACGGCCGCCGGGAGACGGUGGCUGGCCACUCCCACCACUCCCGCAUCGGAAUUCUGCUGGACUACGAGGCUGGAACGCUGACGUACUAUGGAGACGGGCAUACGCGGCUGCAUGCCUUCCACUGUGCCUUCACUCAGGAGUUGUUCCCUGCCUGUUGGAUAGGGGAGGGCGUGAGCAUCACCCUCUGCUCGCCAUGACGACAACACGAAAGGGAAUGACCGUGAUCUAACAAUCUCUUAUAGGACUAGUCUUGGGAAACUAUAACCCUGUUUAUACCUGGUGCUAACAUGGGUCCUUUGUCCUGAUCUUGCCUACAUUCUGAUUGUGCCUACAUUUCCAGAAAUGUGUCAACAUACAGUAUGCUAUUAAAAUGUGCCUGUAGUUGGUCCAUUGUGUCUCCAUUUUGACCAGAUUUCCUUGUCCCUUUAUGCAAAAUUAUUUCACAGCUUUCAAAAUAAUAUUUAUUUAAGACACAUAUUGAUGUAAUCAGUCUAUAAUCAGUCAAUGGUGCCACCUGUCAAUGAUUUUAGAGAGUGGAAUAAUUAUGAUUUAAAUGGUUUCUCUGUCCGGAUCUGUCUACACUUGUAAAAUAUCCAGACACGGUGUGUCUGACGACCUCCGGUCACAAUCAAAUUACAAUGUGUCUUGAUUGUCAACACCUGUCUAAAAAUGUGGGCACAAUUAGGAUGUUGACAGGAUCAGGACAAAGGACACAUGUUAGAACCAGGUAUAAACGGGGCUUAUGGCAACGAGUUCAGUUAUUUUUCGGUAACCAUAGACAUUGCAUCAUUGUAUCUGUCCAAUUAUGGCGUCUGUGAGAGCACGGAAAAGUCUAAAACGGGAUCCUAGGGAUGUCCCAACUCUGACAUCAUCCCAUUGAAGUUGAAUUUUAAACAUUUUGAGUUAGGGUUGGGGGGGUAGAUCAUUUUCAGCAAUCCGUGCAUACAUUUUUAUCUAGAGACAAGCCUGAAGUUCGAAGCCGAAGUUUACACCCCUUUGUCGGUGAUUGGUCAACAGUAGUGAUUUUUCAAUUAAGUGUAUGUUGUCGUUCAACGAGAGGUUAGUAGUUUUCAUGUACACCACCAUUCUAAAGUUUGGGAUCACUUGUUUUUGAAGGAGAAGUAAAUUUUUGUCCAUUAAAAUAACAUCAAAUUGAUCAGAAAUACAGUGUAGACAUUGUUAAUGUUGUAAAUGACUUGUAGCUGGAAACGGCUUAUUUUGAAUGGAAUAUCUACAUAGGUAUCCAGAGGCCCAUUAUCAGCAACUAUCACUCCUGUGUUCCAAUGGCACGUUGUUAGCUAAUCCAAGUUUAUCAAUUUAAAAGGCUAAUUGAUCAUUAGAAAACCCUUUUGCAAUUAUCUUAGCACAUCUGAAAACUGUCCUGAUUAAAGAAGCAAUAAAACUGGCCUUUGGACUAGUUAAGUAUCUAGAGCAUCAGCAUUUGUGGGUUCGAUCACAGGCUCAAAAUGGCCAGAAACAAAUAACUUUCUUCUAAAACUUACCAAUCUAUUCUUGUCUCAACAUCAACAGUGUUCCUCUAUCCAGUGACUGUGUUCUUUUACCCAUCUUAAUCUUUUCUUUCUAUUGGCCAGUCUGAGAUAUGGCUUUUUCUUUGCAACGCCUAGAAAGCCAACAUCCCGGAGUCGCCUCUUCACUGUUGACGUUGAGACUGGUGUUUUGCGGGUACUAUUUAAUGAAGCUGCUAGUUGAAGAUUUGUGAGGCGUCUGUUUCUCAAACUAGACACUAAUGUACUUGUCUUCUUGCUCAGUUGCGCACUGGGUUCUCCCACUCCUCUUUCUAUUCUGGUUAGAGCCAGUUUGCACUGUUCUGUGAAGGGAGUCGUACACAGUAUGUCCCAAGGAUCCAGGAUAGGAUGAAGCAAAGAUCUCAAAAGGCAGCUCAGUUGAAGCCAUCUAAUUUUCAUCUACUACUACUUCUGUGAGUUGGUAAAACAAACAGAGGGUGCACACUGACACCUAGAGUGUAUUGUUUGAACCGGUGUGAAGCCAAGGUUGGUGAUUUACUGCCACCUGCAGUUAUGGAAUGUUUCCUAAUGAGUAUAAUUAAUUGACUAGGUUGUAGUGUUAGUUAGAGGACUCUAGAUGGAUAAAACCUGUUUUGUCAUGGGCAUUGCCAUUGAGGGCUCCCACCAUUUUAUAGUAGUCAACUGGGUGGGACUUCCUAUGGGUUAAGGACAGAUUACAUGAUUCCAUCCAGGUCAUCAGGAGGGUCAGCCAAUUAAUUAUAGCCUACUCGUGAACAUUCCACAACUGUAGGUGACAGUAAAUCACCAACCUUGGCUUUAUAACUGUUCAGACAACACACUCUAGGUGGCAGUAUGCACCCUUUCUGUUUGUUUGUCAACUCAGAAGUAGUAGAACAAGAAAAUAUACUACUUCAAAAUAGAGAUUGCCUCAAUGGCGCAGCCUGUGCACGCACAGACGCCAUUAUGGGACAUGUAUAAAUAUGAUAUCUCUAUCAUUCUCUAUGGCCUAGGUAGAGCUAGAACCAUAUUGUCUAUAAUUGUGGUCACUAACCUUGAUCUUAGGGAGUCAUCACAUAUAGAGGGAAGAAAGGGAGCUUUUUGGAUUGAUUUCCAGCCCCUCGCCCAGUUGGAUACUAGGACACUGAUGCCUGGAUGGGUGAAAGCAAUAUGGUUUUCCAUUAUGCUCAGCGGAGUUGCCUCCCUAUUCUGCUCACCUAUCCAGACUUUUAAGAUGCGUUGGUUUGGGAAGGUACUAGGAUGUAUGUAGGAAAGUAAAAAAUAAAAUGCGUAUUAGGGACCUAUCCCAUGUGAGACCUUUCAUUCUCCGACUGUAGUCUGCAACCCUCAUUUUCCCAUAGUGAGAUAAUGUAGCAGUCAGCAUUUUAUAAACAAAAUCCUUAACCUGGUGAGACCCCCGGUUGCAAAAAUGCAACAGACCCUAAACUCAUGUCAAACACGACAUAGUUAAUCUCCUUAGAUCCAGAUGUAUAUCUUAGUAGCAUUUGUUGUGUGUCCAGUCUUCUCUAAGAUGUAUUGAUUACAUAGAAGAAAAAAAUAAUCAAGAAAAACAUUCUAGGCCAGAACUAGAUGUUAAUUGGAACCUUAACAAGAAUACAAACCACUCUCCCUCACAUGUAAAGCUGAUGAUAGUGCUGUGACCUUACUGUACAGAUGUUUUGUACAGUCCAGUUGUGGGACACUGACUUAAAUGGGAGAGAUUAGUAAGUGCAGCUGUGUCACAGGAAUCUUCUGGAAUGUUAAUGGAAAGGACUUUAUUUUAUUUUUUUAUUUUACCUUUAUAAAGUCUUAACAAAUUCUUAUUUUCAAUGACAGCCUAGGAACAGUGGGUUAAUUGCCUGUUCAGGGGCAGAAGGACAGAUUUGUACCUUGUCAGCUCGGGGAUUUGAACUUGCAACCUUCCAGUUACUAGUCCAACGCUCUAACCACUGGCUACCCUGCCGCCCCAGAAACCGGUUUUCUGUAAGAGAACGGAAAAUCACAUCGCUAGGGCUGCUAGAGGCUGAGGAAAUGUCACAAAAAUUCUUGUUGGAAUUGUACUGGAGAUGAUGUUAAAUGUUUAGAACAACUUUGUGUUGGAAGUUGGAGCUGGUACCCAGGUUAGCAUCACAAUGUGUACAGAAAAAUUCAACACAGUCAAAUUAAUAAAAUGGAUACACUUCACACAAGAUCAGUUUGAUAAAACCCAAUUCAAUGCAUAUUAGUUACAAUUGAGACCAUGCUUUGCUUUUGUUUUGUCUUUUCAAUAUUAUAUUUGAACAUUUUAAUUACUCAAUAAAUUAAUGUGAAUUUGAAAUAAAUACAGUGCAUUCGGAAAGUAUUCAGACCCCUUGACUUUUUCCACAUGUUACUAAUCCUUAUUAAAAAAAAAGAUUAAAAUUGUUUGUUUUUUUCCACACAA